AUGCCACAGCAGCUGGACCUGAAGACCGCCGUGUUCGAUUCGCGGUUCCCUAACCAGAACCAAACCCGCCACUGUUAUGUGGACUACUACCGCUGCGUAAACACGAAGGGCGAGGACUUUGAGCCCUGCAAGCAGUUCUUCUCGACGUUCCACUCGCUCUGCCCAAAUGAAUGGCUGGAGAAGUGGGACGAGCAGCGCGAAAAUGGUGCUUUCCCCGCCAAGCUCGAUGGCUAA